AGUUCACCGGCAGAGCAACAACCGUCGGGUAGCUCCAGCCAGUACGCGGCAUUUCGAAUAUCGAACGACGUGUCAGUGUGUGCGUUAAAAACAAAAUAAAUUUCGAACGUUUUCGAACAGAAUUCGAAAUUCGAAUUUAAUAAAUAAACCAUUGUGGUGUUGUUAACUUUUCUAUAUUUUUUUUUUGUUUAUGUGUGUUUACAUUGUGUUUAUGUUAACGUUGAAAUUUUAAUGUUGACGACGGAUUACAUUCUGUGUUUACCGUGAGAUUUGGACGAGGAAAGAUAAUCGUCGCCACAGAUCAUCACUUCAAACAGCCCACCCAUAAAUCAUUCAUCUCAAAAGCGGCCGAAAAUAAUAUGGCGCUUAGCCCUAACGGUCUCCUUCUUAUAAUAGAACCGACUCGAUCUGGGGAAGCCGAAGAAAUGUGAAUAUCCACAAAUAGCACCGGAUAUCCUUAUGCCAGUGAAAGUGUAGGCAUCAUGUCGAACUACAGACCGAGGACAACUAGUAGGGAUGUGAAACCGUUGUUUCUGUUGUUGCGGACCAAGUAUGUGCGUUUUUACGUGUUCAGUGCGAUAUUUAUCAGUUCGUUCAGUGUUUGUUGCGGCUUCGCGGAGCAGAAGUUCGCCAUGGAGCCACAGGAUCAGACCGCCGUUAUUGGCUCGAGGGUGACACUGCCAUGCAGAGUUGAAAACAAGGUGGGUCAACUCCAGUGGACAAAGGAUGAUUUCGGCCUUGGACUCCACAGAGAGUUGAGCGGCUAUGACCGGUAUAAGAUGAUCGGUAGCGACGAGGAAGGUGACUACUCUUUGGACAUCAGAGACGUAAAUUUAGAUGACGACGCCAAAUACCAGUGCCAAGUCAGCUCAGGAGUUAAAGGUGAACCAGCAAUUAGGUCACGAUACGCCCGUCUCACCGUGCUAGUUCCGCCGGAACCACCGAAAAUACUGCAAGGGAAUUUCUACUCAACCACCGAAGACAGAAAUAUCAAAUUGGAAUGCGUGUCGGUCGGCGGAAAGCCGCCCGCUGAGAUAACGUGGGUGGAUAGCAACGCCGGAGUUUUGACUCAAGGUGUCACUUACACCGUGGAGCCCCUGUCUGACGGACAAAGGUUUACUGCGAGGUCAAUUAUAAAUAUGACGCCCAAGAAGGAACAUCACAACCAAACUUUCAUUUGUCAAGCUCAGAACACAGCGGACCGGGCGUACAGGGCGGCCAGUAUACAAAUCGAGGUGAAAUACGCUCCUAAAGUGAAGAUUUACAUAAAAUCAAGAGUCAAUGGGAGAAUUCCCGAAGGGGAUGAUGUAACAAUAGGCUGCAAAGCAGACGCCAAUCCAACGAAUCUAACUUACAAAUGGUAUAUAAAUGAGGAAUCUAUAAAUGGAAACACUACUGAAUUGAAAAUCUACAACAUAUCAAGAAAGUACCACGACGCAAUAGUGAAAUGCGUUGUUUACAACGACGUCGGAAAGACUGAGGAAGAGGAGACCUUGGAGAUUACUUAUGCGCCAUCCUUUCGCCAUCUCCCCAAGGACGUCGAAGCCGAAGUUGGCACUAGCGUAACCUUGAGUUGCGAUGUGGAUAGCUACCCGAAUCCAGAGAUACGAUGGCUCCAUCAUGAAGAAGACCAGACUAUUCGCGUGGGACGCACCCCUAAUUUAACUCUCACAGUGGAUACCCACACAUCAGGGAGGUAUCUUUGUAAAGCCAGCGUGGACGGAUUCCCUGAAAUAGAAGCAGAGGCGUCGGUGUUCAUUAAAGGUCCUCCGAAGAUAAUAUCGAAUCAGACACAAUUCGGUACCCAGGGGGACACAGUGAACAUUGAGUGUGCAGCCUUCGCCGUGCCGAGGAUAGACAGUAUUAUCUGGACUUUUAACGGAAGAGAAAUAGAUUCGUUGCAUGAUCAGGACUACGCAUUCCUCGAAGAUCUACAAUCAGGAGGCAUAGUUAACUCUACGCUAAUAAUUCGAGAGAGCCAAUACAAGCACUUCGGCGUGUACAAAUGUAACGUGUCUAAUGACUAUGGCAAUGACUAUUUGGAGAUUACCGUGACUGCUAAAGAGGCCCUUCCACUGCUGGUGAUAAUUUUCAGCGUAACCACUUGCACGAUUGCCGUGGUUUGCCUAACUAUGCUGAUAAUAAUUUGCCAAAGAAAGCAAAAAAGGGGAAAGCAGAGUCAAGUCGCCGAGAAGCCAGAUGUGACUGUCACGGCCCAAGAGCUUUUCAAGGAUAACGACAGGAACUCAAACAUUAGCGACCUGAAGCUUGAACUAAGACAGGCCAACGGUAGCUGUGAAAUUGAUUAUUCCAACACCGGCUCAGAUAGUACCUUGUGUUCUAAUGCCAAAUUAGGCAGCGGCAUUCCAUUGGCCGGUUCUGUUCCUUUAGCAUCUAUGAACCAGAAUAACUAUCAGCCGUACAGAUAUAGUAACGAUUACACAGAUCCUGCUUACGCUGAUUGUUACAAGGUCAAUGGCUUUAACAACGGCUAUCAGACGUAUGUUCAUUAUGGACAUGAUUACACGCCUGGUUCGUUGAGGGUGCAGUCGCCGACUUUGGCCAGCGAUAAACUCACCCCUAACAGGUCUAUAAACGGAAGUUUACCUAGAAGUGUCGAUACGCCAUCGACGGUUCAAUACAACGUAGGGAACGGAUCCCAAAAUAACUCGUUGCAGCGUUCAACAAAACGGCAAGACAGCAGCAGCGCAUUGAAUAACCUGGGCCUUCCUACAGCAGAGGUAAGCCGCGUGCCUAAUGGUGGCAUACAUGGUGUUGAUAUAAGAUACGCAGCAACAUAUGGGAAUCCACAUUUACGUUCUGGAGGUGGACUGGGUUUCAAUACUGUUAACACUGCCAAACCGGCGUCCACUCCAGCGCCACCACCUUAUUCGUCUGUCAGAAAUUCUGUAAUAUUACCUUCAGGUAACUCCUCUCACUCUAUAACAUCGCCAACAAGUGUAGCCUCACCACAAUGCGCUACUAGUCCUAUAACAACGUCAACUAUAUCCACUGACAGCACCCAGCCGCUGACCGGCGUGGCAACUUCGUCCGCGACCCCACAGUCUCCUAGCGCACAUUACAUACUCGCACCAUCGAACAGGAGUAUAACAACGGCCGCUGUUACUAAGAAAGGUAAUGGCUUGCAAUCACCCUUGGCAACGCACGUAUAAGACUAUCAAAAUAUACAUUAACAAAGACUCUACGAAUAGCUUGAUUGUAAAAUUGUAUAAAUGUAAAAUUAAAUAUGUCAAUUCUAAUUCAAUUGAAUUGUUUGUAAAUUUAUUAAUGUCGAUUAAUAAAUAACUAAGUUUAUUAUUGGACAGAAGUCGUUCGAAAAUAAUCAAACGGCUUUCGAACGUUUGUAUGUUGGGCGUGUUCUUGGGAAGUGUUUAUUUGAAUAUUCAACUUCGGGCUCUCUAGUUUUACUUAACAAUAUUUUCCGAGUUCGUUGUACUCAAUAAUUGUGAUGUGAUGAACGCCGAUGGUAAGCGUCGUUGCAUUGAUUCUGCUCGUUGCGAUUUCUGUUGAGCUAGUUCUCUAUCAUAUCCGUUUCAUGUUUUUGUGAUGUUUGGUUACAAUUCUUACACGCAAAACAUGCAGAAAUCAGAUUUUAAAAGUAAGCAUUGAUAAAAUGUACCCGAAAAAGACGCACAGAAUCAAACCCGAAUCACGUGCUCAGGAUCGCUAACCAUUCGACCUAAAGUCAAUAUAAAUUAAAUUUAUUUUUCUUCACUCGGAGUGUACAAUAAUUAAUUAAUAAUUACCAAGGCCUUUUAUUUGUUGUUACAUUGAUCUGAAUUUAAAAACGUAAAUCAAGAAUUGUAAAUAUGAACUUCAUUCAGAACAAUUUUUUUAUUUUAUACAUUAAAUGUAUAUGUAUUAAAAAUAAAUAUUUCAAUAAGACUAUAUUUUUUUUGUUAAUCUGAUUAAAGUAUUUUAUGUUAUAAUUCAAACAUAUUUUAUGUAUGUACAUACUAUAUUAUAGGAAAAUAGUAUUGUUUUCUAGGCUCUCAUAGACUGGUCUUUUAGUUGUAAUAAUAAGUUUAAUAUAAUUGUAAAUUAUGUCAAUUUCAUCGAAACAUUUGUAAAAUAGAGUUUCCAUUAUUUUUCUCACUUAGUCUUUUGUGUAAAAAUACUUAAAUGUCGUUUAAAACAAUUUAAGAAAAUGUCAAUUCUUUUAAAUUUUUAAAAUAUAUCAUAUUGAUGUUAUACUUCUUGUAAAAAAUAUUAUUCAGUGCACGGUUCACAUUUGUAAUGAAGAUUACGAUUAAGAAAAUAAGUUACAAAUGUAUAAAAGCUCUUAAUCUUUUAGUCAAUUGAAAUCGUCUUGCACAUUAUUUGUUACUUUAAUAUUUCAAUUGAGAAAGUUUAACUUCAAAACGGUUUUUAAGAUUUUUUAGGUUUGCAUGUAUUAAAUAUAUAUUUUUUUUUUAAUUUUUCGUGCCAUUACAUAGACUGAGUAAAAUAUAUUUUUAAAAAGUAUUACCAUUUUUGUUCUUCCUUACUAUUAAAGCAGUGCAAUUUAUAUUAUCAAAAGAUACAUAUCUAAAGUAUUAUUAUUUGACUUAAGGUAUUACUCUAAACGGUUUGGUAUCGCUUUGGUUUUAUUGUAUACUAGCGGCCCGCUCCGGCUCCGCUCGGGUCUUUAACAAAAAUUUCAAUGUGUUUUAUUUUUUUAAAUAAAAGAACACUUAUUGCGACAUAAAUAUAAUAGUUAGGCAUAUGCUGUCACGGCACUUUUUGUAAAUAAUAAUGUGUUCUACAAAGUCGUAGUACAUUAUUUUAUUUUAUCAUCAAUAGUUUUCGCAAGGCUCGCGAUGCAAAGACUAUUUUAGGUAUUUUUUUUACUCCUUGGGUUACAUUAUUGGAGUUUUAGUAAAGAUCCCUAAGUUUUUUCAAAAAAUAUUAUAGCCUAUGUCACUCGGGAAUAGUGUAGCUUCCAAACAUUGAAAUAAUUUUUCAAAUCGGUUCAGUAGUUUCGGAGCCUAUUCAAUACAAACAAACAAACAAAUCUUUCCUAUUUAUAAUAUUAGUAUACUAAAUUUAAUUUAUUUUAUUUUAUUUUUAAUAAUUAUUAUUAUAUUAUAAUACUUUGUAUUAAUUGUAUGUAUAUUUACUGACAUAUGUAUGUGUGUAUGUAUGUGUAUAUGUAUUUCACUGGAAUGGUACACCGCGCGUAGUUCGUUUCCAAGUGAUUCUUGUCCACCUGAUGGUUGUCUGGAAGAGAUCACUCUUAGCGAUAAGACCGCCAAUUGUACUUUUUUGUGUUUAAUGUAUCGCACUGUUUAUUUGUUUUUUGGUGUACAAUAAAGAAUACUCUCUCUCUCUAUAUAUAUACUUAUAGAUAGCUGUCGAUUCCCAAAACCAGUCACUGUGAUCUUGAAGUGUUAAACGCCUUUAUGCAGUCCCCGAUUCAACCUAAAUUGGGCACACAAUUGACUAUAUUUCUCAGAGUAGGCGACCAGCGUGAACGUGAAUACCAUUAUGAUUUCUACUGGCUUUGUUAUCGAAUUAACACCAGGUGAGACCAAGAUCUCGUUCAUCAGUCAUGAAAUACGGAGCCGGAGCUCAAGUUUUUUUAUCAGUACCUAAUUCAUAAUAAUAAUAUUAUAUUGAAUAAUAGUUUACCAUAAAAAAAUGAUGGAUUGCGUAAUUACCGACGGUAUCGAUGCACGGGGGUACCACUAUCCUUAUCAUUCCUACCUCGAAGUAAUCAUAAGAAUCACAAGUAGGCAACGGCUUAGUUCUGCCCCUGGUAUUGCCGAAGUCUAUAGGCAACGGUAACCACUCACCAUCAAGUGGGCCGUAUGCACAUCUGCCUACAAAGGUAAAAAAAAAUGCUGUAAAAUAUUCUUUACACAAUCUAAUUGUUAUCCACAUUACAUUUUGAUAUACAUACAUAGACAAAUUCUCUGGUAUAGAUCAGACAUUGACAUUCCUGCGCCUAUCCAAAGUAAUAUACAGACAAUAUAUAAUAAUAUAUAUUUUUUUUGUUCUCAUUAAAAUAAAACCAACGUGAAAUCAAACCUUAGAACGAAUUUUGAACGUUUUCACGAAACAUAAUACACUGAUUACCUAUUACUAUUAUUCAAUUUAGUAGCAAUUUAGAAACUGUUUAUUUCAAUGCUCAAAAAUUUUUUCUAUAUAAAAAGCAUAGUUCUUUUUUAUAUUUUAUUUUUUUCUCGGAAUUUCGAUCUAAGACUGACUAGACUAACCCAUAAAUAAACACGCAUAAUACUUUUACGUUUUCUCAUUAUAUUACUUGUGUACAAAUAAAUACCCGAAAAGCAAAAUGUAUAUUUGGGAAAUGAAAUAUUUCCUAUUAUUAAGUUAUCAAAAAAAAUUAUUUUAGAUUUUUUUUUUGUGUACGUAUAUUGAAACGAAGUUCCUUAUCGCGCGUUGUGAAAGGGGGCUAGACGGAAAAAAUUCUUACGAAAAGUUGUCACGACACUUUUUAGAUCCGUCAUUCUGACCAAUCAACGUGUAGGCGCUUAUCGCGUGACAUUGCUCGUAUCCGAUUGGUCCACGUAAGGAGUACAGUUUCUCGAGAUAGCGUUUCAACAAUAGUAAUUUAGUUCAUAGUAUUGUUUUUUUCUUCUUCAUAAUGCCGUAAUUUAUUAUUAUAACUUAAAAAAAAAAUACAAUUCCUUCACUAAUCAAUCGAAAGGAACUUCGUUCCAUCCGGGUGUCCCUUGACACCUCUGAAGUUUUUUAUGUAAGUCAAUUAUGAAAUUCGUAAUAAAUAAAAAUAAAAUACUUUGAAAUUCAUUUAGCGUAACAACGAAAAUUAAGAAAAGUAAAAAAAAAAUUAAAUUUUCAAAGAUUUUUUUCUAAAUAUAUUGUUUAAAAGCAAACUAGGCUUGAUGCUAUUGGUUACGCUCUCCUAUCCUAUUCUUCCUACACUCAGUGCUUAACUAAAAACGUAAAGAUUAUCGUUCAAAAACAAAAUUUAAAACAUAUUUUAAACAUAAAUUAUAAUGACAGAAAGUAACUCAUUUCUUUAUUAGCAAAAUAUUUAAGAGAGUACGCGAAUUUCCUUAGCUAAAAAAAUAUCACGGAUUGACCGAGUGCGUAGUAAUGGAGGUUUCUCGAAAUUCCUCUUAUGAAUACGGUUAAAAACUAUUUUAAUGCUAGUAAUACAAUUAUUUUUUCUGUGAUACAUAGUAUAAAAACUUUUUGUAAAUAAAUGCUACUUUACAUAAAAUUAGUGAUCUUUAAGGAACUUGUACUAUUUAGAUUUUAGUUCCGAAAAUGGAUAUGCCUAGUUUUAAAAAUAAAUAACAUUAAACACCUAUAAAGAAUUCUAUAAUUUUGUUUUUAGUUAAAAUUAAAUUUAACGUUUUUUUUUAUAAUAUAUUAUAAUAUUAUAUAUGUCUUAUUAUUGUGUCUUUAAAUAUAAUUUUAAACUGACAUAUUUGUUACCUUCAAGCAAUUUUGGAUUCGCUGUUCCGUAUCUUGCAAAUCAACACGAUGCUACUUACGCUAACAAUGUCUCCUUUUUUCAACACCACUUACUUCACUAUGAAAUAGUGAUUCUAAUUUACAUUUUAGGUAUUUGUGAAGCUUAAAUUUUUUGUUUCGUUGUAACAAAAUAAAUUAGCGUUUAGCGAGAAAACGAAUGUUUAGGUUUUUGACUGUGAGUGAGAAAAUAGCGUGUAUGAGGUUAAAAGUUUUACGAUUGAUUAUAAAUAUUAUUAUUAUAUAUACUAUAAAUAUAAUUUUAAUGUAACUUUAGUGAAAUUGUACAAAAUACUUUUCUAAUUAAAACGAAACUUUGGCCUAUU